CUGGUCCCGAGCGCCUCCAUUGGAGCACAAGCUCCGCUACGAUCAUCACAGCGAGAGGACUUCACCUCGGUGUUGGUGGAACUGCUGCAGGACCUUAAAUCAGUUUUCCCAGAAAAAAACUCCAUCAGGCCAGAAACCAGCGGCGAGCUGCAGCGUCCGUCUCUUCUGCGACGUGGUUUUCACCUAAACUCAUGUGAUGCGGUAAGAAGAAACCACCGAGGUUUUCCACGAGAUUUUUAAAGUUGCUACAUGACUUUAUGAGGAUUACUUCAACACAGGAAAGCGAAGAAGAGUUUCCUCUACUGGAAGCAGACAUCGGCAUGUAACGCAGGACGCAAAGGCACCCAUUCAUCCUCCUCAUCCUCCUCCUCCUCUCCAGACAUCAUUGGGAAUGGGCCAGCACCUUGCCUGGGUGCAUCUCUCCGCCCGGUGGUGUGGCUGGCGUCGCGCGAGAGUGAGGAGGGCAGCAGCCAGGUCAUAGAGCCUGCUCAACCCUCUUUACCCCCUCGCGUGCUCUCGAGUGACUUUUGACCUUUGACUCAGCCGUGACCCCCGCCCUGACCAGCCAUGCCCUUUCGGCUGAAACUGAGGCGCACACGUCGCUACAAUGUCCUGAGCAAGAACUACUUUGUAACGCGGAUCCGCCUGCUGGACAACAAUGUGAUGGAAUGCACUCUGUCAGUGGAGAGUACGGGGCAGGAAUGUUUGGAGAUGGUGGCCCAGAGGCUGGAGCUCCUGGAGACCCAUUACUUUGGACUGUGGUUCCAAGGGAAGACCCAGACCCCGGCCCAGCGCUGGGUAGAACUUGAGAAACCCCUGAAAAAGCAGCUGGACAAGUUUGGCAAUGAGCCACUGCUCAUUUUUGGAGUCAUGUUCUAUGUUCCCAGUGUUUCCCGCCUGGAGCAAGAAGCCACAAGGUAUCAGUAUUACCUGCAGGUGAAGAAGGAGGUGCUGGAUGGACGCCUGCCGUGCACUGUGGAGCGGGGCAUCAGACUAGCUGGGCUAGCGGUACAAGCCGACUUUGGAGACUUCACUCACUCUUCGUCUCAGGACUUCCUCAGGGAUUUAAUGCUCUUCCCAGUGAAUUGGCCCAAUGGAGAUGAAGUGUUGGAUGACUGGACCAAGAGAGUUGCUGAUGAGCACAAAAGUCACUGUGGAAUGCAGCCUGCUGAAGCAGAACUGCUUUAUAUAAAGGAGGUGGAGAAACUUGACGGUUUCGGCCAGGAGAGCUUUCUUGCUAAGGACAACUACACCAAUGACAUUUUCAUUGGCGUGUCUUUCAUCGGGCUGUUUGUGAAACACAGGAACGGCAGAUCCAUCAUGCUCCACAAGUGGAAGGACAUUGGUACCAUAGCACACAACAAGGCAGCCAUCACAGUGGAGAUAACGAGCAGAGACGACACCAUCAAUUUUCACAUGGAGGAUAUGGAAAUGGCCAAGUACAUUGCUCGUCUCUUCACGGCUCGACACAAAUUCUACAAACAGAACAAAAUCUGCACAGAGCCCACACACUCACCUGCACCAAUUAGAAGGAGACCCACCUGGAACCCUCGUUUAUCUCUGCCACGACCCCAAUCCUGUAACUUCCAGUCAGUGCACGAGCACUAUCAGGACACGCAGAGCUCUCAAGACAGCAUCUUCCAUGAGGAUCCUUACUACAAGUCAGAGACCAGUCUGGAUCGGUGCCCGGUGGACUUUGCCUUCCGAAAUGGCACCGUGACCAAUGGGAGCAUGUACAGCAGCCCCAGCCUGAGCUCCCUUAAUCGUUCCCAGACCUUCAUCCCGGCUUCGCCCAUGUCCUCCAACCUGAGCAUUCCCGGCAGUGAGCUCAUGCGUGCCGACUUCAUUCCUAGCCACCGUCACAGCGCCAUCAUUCCUCCAUCUUACCGGCCCACUCCUGAGUAUGAUGCUGUCAUGCGGCAGAAGCGGCGCCUGGUCCCAGCUCACCACGACCUCCACAGCCAGUCACUGCGGAGUCUGAACAUCAUUAAUGCUUGUGCUUACCGUAAGCCGGAGGCUCUAGUCUACAGCCAGCCAGAAAUAAGGGAACAGGGCCCUUAUCAUGGCCUUGGUCCUAGUCUUGGACCAUACACACCACAGAUCAGUUACAGUAAGCCGGUGUCCCAUGGCCCCCAUACAGGAGGGCCAGCCGGCAGCCAGGGUCAUUGUCACUCACCCUUCGUUAAUGGAGGUGGAGGCAGCCCCGGGGGUGUGGGAAGCUCCAUCUCCCACACUGUAAGCACACCCGACCUGGCAAACACCAAACAAGGAGCCAACAUGGGAGGUUACGCUGCUACAGCUAAUAUGCUACAAAACCACAUCUCACGUCCUCCUCCACCUUACCCCUCCAACGCUUUCCGCCCAGCCACCAGCACGCCGGACCUCGCCAGCCACCGCCAUCGCUGCAUCGGAGGCAGCAGUCCUGAGCUGGUCACCCGCAUGGUGCAGCUGUCAGUCAAGACCUUCCAACCAGACAGCUCAGCAGUGGUGCACCAGUCCCUGCAGGAAGUUAGCGAACCGCUAACUGCAGCUGCAAAGCAUCGGUCCACUCUGAACAAGAGGCACAGCAUGGAGGUGAUCACCAGCCUCAGAGGAGGAGGAGUGAUGGAAGGGCUGGCGUUGAAGGGCAUGAACGCCCCUCUUCUUCGGAGGAAUACUCUCAGAGAACAUGUGAUGCCACCUCAGCCUCAGCAGCCAAAGGAACUGGCCAUACAGAAAUCUACCCAGAAUGCACCUGAAGCUUCUGUAGCACCACCCACAGCCGCGGCUUACCAGCAUCAGAAGACUCUUUCAAAUGCUACGAUGCUCAUACACAGCAGUGAGAGUGAGGAGGAGGAGGAAGAGGAGAGGCCUGAGCUGGACGUUCAGAUCCCUGGUCUCAACGAGGACAUCAGUAUCAGCGCUCAGCUGCAGGCUGCUCUGGCUAAGCUGCCAAACAAACCUCCACCAGGGUACCCUGGCCCUCCAAGACCUCCUGCCAAUGCUCAGAUCUGCUCUCACAAUCACAACGCCACCCAGCAGCACAACCACAGUCAGGAACCAGAGUGCAACCACGAUCCGAUGGACCUAAACCAAGGCCUGAACAGUGGGCCGAACCAGGGUGGCGGUGGGGGGACGUUGACCCGAGGGGACCAUAGCAGCGUGAAUGGAGCAGUUUUAGGUCCAUCUAUUUCAGAACCAGACUUGACUAGCGUGAAGGAGAGGGUGAGGAAGGAACCGGUCAAGGAGAGGCCAGUGUCUGAGAUGUUCUCCCUGGAAGACAGCAUAGUGGAGAGGGAGAUCGCUCAGAGGACGCUGGAAAGACAGAAGAUGUCUGUGGACUCCAUGAACAGACCGCUGAUGAUGGCUGCCCUCAACGGCCUCUACGUGGCCCGAAUGCCCGCCAUCAGGACUCCAGGGGAGGACGGCGCUAAGUCAGCAUCGGAUGAAAGGUGUAAGACCUUGGAGCUGACGCUGGAGGAGGAGCGGGUCUUCACCGAGUAUGAGCAGGUGCCUAAGAAGAGGGCGAGCUGCAUGGUCACGACUGCGACUCUGCCCGAAAACGUGGAGCGCAAUCGCUUUCGGGAUGUGGUCCCGUACGAGGAGAACCGAGUCGAGCUCGUGCCAAACAAAGAGAACAACACGGGCUACGUUAAUGCCUCACACAUCAAGGUUAUGAUCAGAGGGGAGGAGUGGCACUACAUCGCCACUCAGGGCCCGCUGGCCCACACCUGCGGCGACUUCUGGCAGAUGGUCUGGGAGCAGGGGGUCAAUGUGAUCGCCAUGGUUACUGCAGAAGAGGAGUGCGGCAGGUCCAAGAGUCACCGCUACUGGCCCAAACUGGGCUCCAAACACAACUCGGCCACACACGGCAAGUACAAGGUGACCACCAAAUUCCGCACCGAGUAUAACUGCUACGCCACCACAGGGUUAAAGGUCAAACACUUGCUGUCUGGCCAAGAGAGGACGGUUUGGCACCUGCAGUACACCGACUGGCCUGAGCAGGGCUGUCCUGAAUACGUCCCCGGAUUCCUCUCCUACCUGGAAGGGAUCCAAUCUGUGAGGAGACACACCAACUCCAUGCUGGAUACCUCAAAGAGCCUCAACCCGCCAGUGUUGGUGCACUGCAGCGCCGGCGUGGGCCGUACCGGCGUGGUAAUCCUCACUGAGCUCAUGAUCAGCUGCCUGGAGCACAACGAGCCAGUAGAAGUUCCCACCAUGUUGUCAAAGCUGAGGCAGCAGAGGAUGCUGAUGGUGCAAACCAUCUCCCAGUACCAGUUCGUCUACCAGGUCCUCAUCCAGUUCCUCAAGAACUCCCGCCUCAUCUGAGCCGGGGCAACCCGUUAGUGCUACUAGAUGAUCACCGUGGGACCCAAACUUAUGGCGCUAUAAUGUAACCUGGUACAGACUCACAAUUUGUUUUUGCAGAAAUUAGAAUUUUCCUUUCCUCAAAGUAUUCAGAUUUAGGUUUUUGUUUCCUUAUCUUGAUUUUGGUCUUUUGAACCUGAUCUUCACGUAGGUUGGUUUAAAGAACAGCCUUUCUUUUCUGCCGUGUGUCUGCAUGUGUGUGAGACUACAGGUGAGCAUCAUCAGCUUUGAGUCCCUGUUACAUUUCAUGUUCCAGCCAGUAUUAGACUUGGUGUCAUGCUGCAUGAACAGUAGGGGGCAGCAGUGGUACAACAUUCUCACCCUCGUUUUGCCAAACUAAAGUAUUUUUUAAUUCACCGAGUGUUGAUUAGAACAGCAAGCACUGACUUCAGUUCUGUAACAGAUAUUUUAUUUAUUUUGAUAAAAAUGUGGUCACCUUCUUCUCGUUGUUGGCGAGCACACCGAUCUGAACUCAUUUACAGUUUUUCAGAAUAAUUCUUUGUAAACUUUUCUCACAUUAUCUGUGAAACAAAUGAAAAUAAAAUCCAGUUUAGACCCAUAAGAGCAUUUGAAAAACACGAAUGUUUUAAGUCAUCUAGAAAUUCCAAAUGAUCCCAUUUCUAUACAACUUAUCACAGUUUUUACCGUGAUUUAAUACAUUUUAGGCAUUUUCCCAAAGUGGGAGGUCAUUUAUAAUAAUUAUACAAUAGAAGCUGUAUAUAUAAUCAGUGCCUUGAAAAAUGCAACAAAAAUAAACUUUUUAUUUUAAUUUAGACACUUAAUUAGACAAACAUCAACUAUUCAAACUGUUAUCUAACAUAAAUAAAUAAAUCAAAUUAAAUACUUUUCUUAAUUUGAAAUCAAAACCAGCCAACAUUUAAUGUACAUAAUGAACAAAUGUGUCAUUUCUGGACUUGGUACCUUUAAAAUACCAGAACAUAAUAAACUAUGCAUGCAUUUUUAUAUUUUUAUGUAUAUAUUUCAGCAUAUGUUCUCAAAUAAGUAUAAGCUUUGUUAUGUUUUGGCUUAAAAUCAUUCGUUUUUGUUGCACUUCUGUUCUCUUUGACAUUCCACCGUUUGUUUUAUAUUUAAUUUCUUCUUUUCGUUUCCUGGCAAUACACCUAAUCACACUUCAGAUGUGUGUGUACAUACGUUUUGUUAAAGCAUUUUGAGUGUUUUCUCUCCUCAGACACAUGAAAAUAUUGGACUUGCCUAUUAUGCAAAUAAAGCCUUAUUUUCUUUAAGA